UUUAGCUAAUCUAGCGUAAGGAAACAGUAUGCAUCGGCGACAGGGUAAACAAUUACCGACCUUAUCGCGCGUUCAACAAAUCGUUAAUAAUAAUGAAUGAUAGGAUUCAAUGCUACACCAGACUGUGAUUGUACUGGUUGACUAGACAUUCAGCUUGUGGCUAGGUGACCGUUUUAAUCCACUUUUCCAUAUUACCCACAGGUGACGCUGCUACUGGUUAUGGUAGUAAUUGUGAAGGCUAUGGCUCGUCCAUCGGAUCCUUACGGUGUCCAGAACACAUACAAGCAGGAUGCGAUCCCCUACGACUUUUCAUACGGCGUGAAGGAUGACUACGCCGGGACGGACUUUGGAGCAGCUGAGAAGUCCGACGGUAGCACCGUCCAAGGCUCUUAUUCAGUACAGCUGCCUGACGGUCGCAAGCAGACGGUAAACUACCAGGCCGACCAUGAGAAGGGGUUCGUGGCGAACGUGCAAUUCUAUGGCGAUGCCCAAUACCCGCACGAAACCGGCCCGGCAGUCACCUUCAAGCCCAGGAAUGCUUACCAGAGCUCCGCACCGAUCUACAAUCCCCAGCCUAGCUACCAAUAGUCCAAAGCCUGGCUACCGCUAGUUCUAGUCUGCCAAACAAUAGUUCCAGCACGGCUACCGCUAGUUCUAGCCUGCUAAACUGUUGUUCCGGAAUGGCUACCGCUUGUUCUAGUCUGCCAAAUAAUAGUUCCAGCACGGCUACCGCUAGUUCUAGCCUGCUAAACGGUUGUUCCGGAAUGGCUACUGCUGGGUCUAGUCCGCUAAACAGUAGUUCCGAAAUGGCUACCGAUAGUUCUAGUCCGCUAAACAAUAGUUUAGAAAUGGUUACAGUGGUUCUAGUCCGCUAAAUAGUUCCAGAACUGCUAUCGUUAGUUCUAGCCUGUUAAAACAGUAGUCCCACAAUUGUUGCUGCUAGCUCUAACCCUCUAAACUGUAGUUCCAGAAAGGCUGUCGCUUGUCAGCUAAACGACAGAUCCACAAUAUUAACCGCUAGUUCUAGUCCACAAGUUUUACAAUGGCUACGGCUAGUGCUAGUAAGCUGAACCGUAGCCCCAACUCAUUACCCCAUGUUUUAAUUCGUUAUCCAGAAGUCCCAGUUAAUUACGUAUAGUCCCAGUCAACCACUUUUAUAGCAAUUACGAUUAUAUCAUGUUCGGUUAGCGUUAGUCCCAGUUUGACAACCAUUAGACCCUUUUAAUAAUCAGUCCCAAGAAAUAAAGCGGUAUAUAGUACUGUAUUAAAAAUAAAUUAGCUGCGAGAUAUUUUCUAUUGGUUUCCAGCUAAGAGGAUCCGAUACUAGCAAUCGACCACACGUAUCUCUGAUUCUAACAGCAUUUCUCAAGUCAAGCUCCUACUACUGGAAUUCUGUAUACGGUUAGAAGUCAAAAUCGGGUUACUGAAGACAAGCAUGUAACUAACAUAAAUCAGUGUGGCUUUCCAAAUUAAGGGCACCAGUUUAAAAUAGUAUAUUUGUUUAAACGUAAUGAAAUAAACGUGUAACGUACUCUGCUAUUUACAUUUUCCUAUUUUAUUUUACUAGGCAUGGUGUACUGUUGUUUCAUCCUCCAUUCAUGAAGGUUUCGAAUGGGCGGUUUUGAGCCUGUAACUCUCUGGCAUGCAAAUCUGCUGUUUUCAUGCUGUUAAUGGAAGAAUGUUCUGUGAGCGAGCUUUGGCCUUUCCCAAGUUCGGUGAUGACACGAUUCACUUCACCUCCGGGCUUGUAUCUCGUCUAGCGGCUUUUGUAGUGACCUGCACAUGCAAAAACGACACUGAAUAUGCAAGAGGAGUGAAACACACCUAGAAUUAUUUUAAGUCGUACAGUUUUAUUCCUGUUAUAAAUUAUGGACAUUUGCCCCUUCCCUCAAAAAAAUUGCUGCUUAAUUAUUUUAAAUCUGGUUAGUCAUAAAAUUUCCUACAUACCUCAUAUUUUUCUAUAAUUCUUUAACACAUUUAUUUCAUUCCGAAUGCCACUA